AGUUCUGAGAGGACACACACACUCACCGUAGCCGAAGACCAUAGUCCGUCACCAACUACUCCCUCCUCCCCGCCGCGCCGCCGCGCCACAGUCGUGGGCGAAGCGGACACCCUCGGCGACGAUACUUAUGGCCGCCGCCACCUCCCAAUCCUUCCUCUCGCCGGCGCCCAACCCCCUUCUCCGCCCGAGGAUCCUCCCCUUCCCCGCCGGCGGGUCCGUGUCCCUCCGCGGCCGCCGCCCCGCCUUCCCGUCCGUCGCCGCGGCGUCCACAUCGAUGGCGUCCUCGGAGAGCGAGGAGAGGAAGGAGACCAAGCUGUGGGGCGGGCGAUUCGAGGAGGGCGUCACCGACGCCGUGGAAGGGUUCACCGAGUCCAUCUCCUACGACUGGCAGCUCUACAAGUACGACAUCAUGGGCAGCAAGGCCCACGCAUCCAUGCUCGCCGCGCAGGGUUUGAUAACGGCUGGCGAUAAGGACAUCAUCUUAGAGGGGCUUGAUCAAAUAGAGAAGCUGAUUCAGGAUGGAAAAUUUGAGUGGCGGACAGACCGGGAGGAUGUCCAUAUGAAUAUUGAGGCAGCUCUGAUCGAAAAGGUUGGUGAACCAGCCAAGAAACUGCAUACUGCUAGGAGCCGCAAUGACCAAAUCGUGACGGAUCUCCGCCUGUGGUGCCGUGAUGCUAUUGACAAGAUUUUGUUCCGCAUCAAACAGUUUCAGGUGUCUCUUGUUCUGUUAGCUUCAAAAUAUGUUGACUUAAUAGUUCCUGGUUACACUCACCUGCAAAGGGCACAGCCUGUUUUGCUUCCACAUCUCCUCUUAUCAUAUGUUGAACAGUUGGAGCGUGAUGCUGGACGGCUGGUCAACUGCAGGGAACGGUUGAAUUUCUGUCCUCUUGGUGCUUGUGCUUUGGCUGGUACUGGACUUCCUAUCGAUAGGUUCAAAACUGCUAAAGAUUUGAAGUUUACAGCUCCAAUGAAGAACAGUAUUGAUGCAGUAUCAGACCGCGACUUUGUAUUGGAAUUUCUUGCUGCCAAUUCAAUUGCUGCUGUUCAUCUUUCACGAAUUGGUGAAGAGUGGGUCUUAUGGGCAUCAGAGGAGUUUGGAUUCCUCACACCAAGUGACUCUGUUUCAACUGGAAGCAGCAUUAUGCCACAGAAGAAAAAUCCAGAUCCAAUGGAGCUUGUUCGUGGCAAAUCUGCUCGUGUUUUUGGAGAUCUCAUGACUGUCCUCACCCUUUGUAAAGGACUUCCGCAGGCCUACAACCGUGAUUUACAGGAAGACAAGGAACCCUUGUUUGACAGCGUGAAGGCUGUAUUAGGAAUGCUUGAAGUAUGUACCGAGUUUGCUCAAAAUAUCUCCUUCAACUCAAAAAGAAUACAAAGUUCGCUGCCUGCUGGCUAUUUGGAUGCAACAACACUAGCAGAUUAUCUUGUGAAGAAGGGCGUGCCGUUCAGAACCUCGCACGAGAUAGUUGGAAGGUCUGUAGCUCUAUGCGUCUCGAAGAACUGUCAGCUCGCCGAACUUGGACUAGACGACCUGAAAUCUGUUCACCCCGUUUUUGAGGGCGAUGUGUACGAGUAUCUGGGAGUGGAGAACGCCGUAAACAAGUUCAUAUCUUACGGCUCUACAGGCUCGGAGCAAGUAAAAAAACAGCUCGAGGAUUGGCGCACUCAGCUUGGCAUUAGUUCAUAAAUGGUCGAGAAGACCUCGAAAAUCCGAUUAUUGUGGUUCCAGUUUUUGAAAGUGGGUCGGAGUGUCGUGAACUUCUUUUAUGGACGACAGUUCGCUGUUGCUUUAAUUUCAGAACGAUCGAUGCACUUGUAUUGGGAACCAUUGUUCUGCUGAAGUAUUGAUCUGAAUAAAAGAUGUGCUUCGUUGUCAAUA